GGAAGGUGGUGGCCUUGAGCUCGGGGGAGGGAUCGCCUUUUGGUGGGACGGUGCAGGUUCAUCCUGGACGAAUGGCCAAGGAAGAUGCGGAGUUUUUGGCGAUUCCUCAUGCCAUUCUUGCAUCCAAGGAUGAGCCUGCGGACGAAGUUGAGGCGUAUGAUGAAGCUAUCAAGAGGAAGGGACUGGGUGGUUUUGUGGAGACCUAUUGGGAUAUGUGGCAUGGGUGGAUGGGGGCAAGGGCUGACCUUCAGCAGGAGGCCAGUCUGAAGGAAUAUACUCGAGGAUAUGGACAGCUGGCGGAUUUCUUUGAGAAGUAUUUGUCAUAGGUUGAACUGAUAGAUUUUGCUUUUUCAAGUAGAUGACUGUACUCUGGACAGUGUCAGCGAGGUCGGGUGAAUAGAUCAAUGGAACCGAUAAUGAAGAGUAAUGCCGAUGCCUGGCAGCCUGAAUGACCUGUGACGCAGGCUAGUCCAAAGGGAGCUAGCGGCUGAGUCAAUGUGCGCAGUUCUGGAACC